AUGAUCAAGCCCGAUGGUGUCCAGCGAGGACUCGUUGAUGGUCGAGUCUAUUGCACCGUCGGGCUGACGGUGCUCGAAUGGGGUUUUGCGCUAUUGCACCGUCAGGCCGCUAGGGGCGCUCUGACGGCUGACGGUUGGGGGCCGCCCACUCCAGGCCACUCCAAGCCUGGUACCAUCAGAGGAGAUUUCUGUAUUCAAGUUGGCAGGAACGUCAUGCAUGGAUCUGACUCUGUUGAGAGUGCCAACAAGGAAAUUGCCUUGUGGUUCAAGGAUGAAGAACUUGUUUCAUGGCAGCCAGCUGAUAAAGUUUGGGUUUAUGAAGACUAG